AUGCAAAGUCAUUACCAACAAAAAACAACAGAUUACUAUGGAAGUCAAUCACAGUAUAAUGCAGACUCUUUCUGGAUUACUAUUGUUUAUGCAAAAAUCAGUACAAGAAGAAGAAAGAGCCUUUGGAAAUCUAUCAACAAUAUGAGUAAUCAUAUCAAUGGACCAUGGUCUAUUGGAGGUGACUUCAAUGUAAUUAUGGACAUUAUUGAGAAGAAAGGUGGCAGAAUUCACAGACUUAGUAAAAGCAUGGACUUUAUCAGAUGUAUGGAAGAUUGUGGUAUGACAGAUGCUGGAUAUACAGGUAACAAUUACACUUGGUCUAAUGGAAGGAGGAGAGAUAAUAGGAUUCUUCAGAGACUAGAUAGAGUUUUCUAUAACGAUCAAUGGCCAGCUCUCUGUCCAGUGGCUACUGUCAGACACUUGCCCAGAACAGGAUCUGAUCAUAAUGUGUUGCUCUAUAAGUGCUCCAAGUAUGUUUCUCCUCCUAUCAAAUACUUUAGAUUUUUAAAUUUUUGGGUGGAUCAACCUGAUUUUGAACAGGUUGUUAAAGAAUGCUGGGAAACUCAAAUACAAGGUAAUGCUAUGUAUAUUCUACAUCAGAAACUCAAGAAUCUCACUCAUUGUCUUAGUAAAUGGUCUAAAGAAAGUAUUGGCAUUAUUUUCGACAAGGCAGAAGAACUUGAGAAGAAGGUUGAGGAUCUAGAGAUUAAAUAUGAACAAGAUGACUGCAACAAUAAUAGGAUCAAUCUUAAUUUAGUCUAUUCUCAACAAAUCAAGUGGAUGAAUAUGCAAGACUCCUUUCUGAAACAGAAAGCCAACAUCAAAUGGGAGGAAGAAGGGGAUAGAAACUCCAAAUACUUUCAUAGCAUCAUCAGACAUAAGAGGAAAAGAUCUUAUCUCCAUAGAAUUAAAGAUGAUCAUGGUCAAUGGAUUCAAGGGAAUGAGAAAAUUGCAGAAGUUGCUAUCUCUCACUUCAGCAAGCUGUUCGGGUUUAGAGUGGAAAUUUUUCACGGGGCCUCACAACAACCUGACCAGAACAAUGAUAUGGACCUCCUCAAAAGGAUUGACAAUAUUAUCACUUGGAAAGACAAUCAAGCUCUUAUCCAGCUUCCUUCCGAUGAGGAAGUGAAAACUGCAGUCUUUGAGCUUCAUCCUGAUAGUGCAGCUGGUCCGGAUGGAUUCAAUGGCAAAUUUUUCCAAGUUUGCUGGCAUAUUAUUGCUGAGGAUGUGUGUAUGGGAUUUGCUGAACCAUUCAUUGAAAUGAUUCAUAGAUUUCUCUCUAAUGUUUGGUACUCUGUUCUUAUUAAUGGCACUAGAUUUGGUUUCUUUCCCUCUUCUAGAGGUCUUAAACAGGGAGACCCCCUCUCCCCUAGCCUAUUUGUUAUUGCAGCUGAGGCCCUGUCCAUAGCCCUUAAUCACCUCCAUAAUAAGGGUAAGCAUAUUGGAUAUUCUAUGAAUAACAGAGGUCCAACAAUCAAUCAUCUCGCCUAUGCAGACGACUUAGUUAUCUUCGCUUCUGGAGAUAAAUACUCCAUAAAGCAGGUAAUGAAAACUUUAAGGAGAUAUGAGGAAUCUUCAGGACAGGAGAUCAAUAAGGAUAAAAGUUUUCACUUGGCAUCCAAGUAUAUUUGUGAUAGUAGACAUAAUAUGAUUUUGAGGCUCACUGGUUAUCGAUAUCAAUCAUUCCCUUUCAAGUAUUUGGGUUGUCCAAUCUAUUCUGGAAGAAAGAAAAAUUGUUAUUAUACAGAUAUUGCCAGGAAUGUUAUGAAUAAGAUAGGAGGUUGGCAAGGUCAUGUACUAUUCCCUGGUGGAAGAGCUAUUCUCAUUAAACAUGUGCUUCAAUCUCAAGCUCUUCUUAUUCUUGCAGAUGUUACCCCUCCCAAGACAAUUCUCAAACAAUUGGAGAGUUGCUUCUCCAAUUUCUUCUGGGGCAAAUUUGAAAACAAGGACAAAUACCACUGGAGCUCUUGGAAGAAUCUUUGUUAUCCUACUGAUGAAGGUGGUGUGGGUUUUAAAAGUCUAACUGACUUAUGUAAGACUUUUUCUGCCAAAAGAUGGUGGAGGUUCAGAGUUGCAAAUAACCUUUGGGCCAAAUUCAUGAGAGCUAAAAACUCCCGGAGAAGCCACCCUGUUGCAAAGGCCUUGGAACAUAAACAUUCUGCUGCAUGGAAGGAAAUGAUACAAAUUCGAAAAGUUAUUGAACCUUAUAUCCUAUGGAAGAUCAAUGAUGGUGAUAGCUCCUUUUGGUGGGAUAAUUGGACAGGACUUGGACCACUUGGUGCUUGUGUCAAUGGUAACAGAAAACCUGGAAAUAUGAGGAUCAGGGAUUGUAUCAAGGAUAAGACACGGGAUGUAAACACUAUAUCUAGGCUGGUUCCUAAUAAUCCGUUGAAUCAUAUUAUUCAUAUCCCUAUUGGCAAUAGACAGAUUAAUGACACCCCUGUUUGGACUGAGACUUCUAGUGAGGCCUUUACUUGUUCCUCUGCUUUUAACUGCAUUAGGAGAAGAAGGAUAUGGAUAAUAUGUCCUCUGGGAAUUAAAGUAAGAUGCCAAUCAAUUGCAUAUACUUUAAAAGAAAGGAGGAACACUCAGAAUAAGAAUGAUGUCCAAAGAGACCUAUGUCGAGUAUACAUGAAGAAGAGAGGAGCUACUGUGGACAUGAAAUGGCAAUGGCAUCAAAUUUGCACUUACAUGGAAGACUAUAGACCAAGAAUCACGAGCACUCCAGUUAUAUGA